UCUUUUGACUUCGAUCUGAAAAGUUGUUGUCAUUAGAGCUAAUCUUUUCACCUUUCAUCCAAUAAAACAUAAAAACGCUCCUAUAGAGAUUUGCCCGCGGUUUCGUGGGCUCACUGAAUCAAAAAGUAAAGCAGUGCAAUCGGUAUUGUCAAACGGUCGUAAUUAUUCCAAGUUUGGCGUAUUGAAAAUUAAUCCGUUCGUUAUCAUUGGUACCACCAGGAUUCCAUGAAUCAUCGAUUACGCGCACUGUGAUAAACAAUUGUGACAUACUGUGUGGUGAAACAUACGAUAAGCUACCGAACUGUCACGUGUGAGAGACUGAAGCACAAUCAAAUAAAAGAACAGUGGAAAAUAGCAAUCAUUUAGGAUUUGACGGAUUUGUUUAGUUGAAAUUUAUUUGUUGAUUUGAAAUUUAUGUUGGUUCGCUUUUGGUCUUAUAUUUUUUUUGUUUUAUUGAGGGGAUUUAGUUGCAAUUAGUUAGUUCGUUUUUGUUAGGUUUUUUUUUUUUGUUUAUCGCUAAUUACAUAUUUCGUCGCUUGGUUUUAUUUGCACGGAUUUUUGCUCGCGCGUACGUAUCAUUGCUUCCGCGUUAAUCAGCGAUCGAUCGCAUUUCUUCGUCCUUGCUCGCGAUGCUUUAAAUGUGCCUUGUAAUUUUGCAAUCGGGAAUGGAACAAAAGCCGGUUUCCUCGCCAACGACGGUUACAAGUGGUGUAAUAGUACAGAGUUGUGCACAGGUAGACGAUGGUGGAAGUUUUCUGGGGGGUGUUAGCGCUAGUGUAGGUAGUCUUUCCGAUAGUAAUCUUAGCUCGACGACGGCCACCAGUGGCAACAAGCCGAAGAUCACCACGUCGGCGGCUGGUUCCACCACGGCAACACCGGUUAAGGCAUCAUCCGGAGCCCAAACGACGACUUCGGCAGCCACAUCCUGUGUGUCCAGUCCGGUGCUGAGUCCGCCGCGGAAAAUCUGGGGCCGCAACAACAACGGAACAAUGGUUGAAACAUCUACCCCGUCCAACGAAGCUGAACUUCAACUUUACCGGGUGUUGCAGCGAGCAAGUUUGUUGAAUUAUUAUGAUACGUUGCUUGAAAUGGGCGGUGACGAUCUCCAACAACUGUGCGAGGCUUGCGAAGAAGAAUUUCUAGAAAUAAUGGCAUUAGUUGGGAUGGCGUCGAAACCUCUUCAUGUGCGGCGACUACAGAAAGCAUUGCAAGAAUGGGUCACGAAUCCUUCCGCUUUCCAAAGUCCUCUCACAAGUAUAGACACACCAUCACGUCUGACUUACAGUCCUGGUCCAGGUUCAAUAGCACGUAGUGUCAGCAAUUAUCCUACAGCAUCCGCACCGACAUCUAGCUUUAUUACAAACCCUUCAUCCAGUACAAAUCUGCAACCAUCUACACUGGGGCAUCUAGCUACUAGCCUAAGUAGCAGUAUCAGUAUAAGUAGCAACGUGGUCAGUCCUAUCGGAUCAACCACGGCAAACCCACUUCAGCUGACACCUUGCCUUACUGAAGAUCAGGUUGCCAAGAUUAUUCAAGCAGCUGAACGACUCUCCCGAACCAUUCCACGGCACCUAGAACCACGACAGCAAAAUGUCAAAAAACGAACCACGCGCGAUCUGGAGCAAGUAAUCGCCAUGAGCGAACACGAUCCUCGUCGGAUGGAAGAGAUUCGGAAGUAUUCCGCUAUCUACGGUCGCUUUGAUUGUAAACGGCGACCUGAAAAGCCGUUAACUCUACACGAAGUCUGUGUAAACGAAGCUGCCGCCCAGAUAUGCAAAUACGUUCCGGCUCUUCUCACUCGACGAGACGAACUGUUUCCACUGGCUCGACAGGUAGUCAAAGAAUGUGGAUUCGGUCAUUCCGCCAGCAUUCGACUUACCGGCUUAUGCCAAACGCAACCCAGUCGACACGAAGAGUUGGAGACAUCGCAGCAGAUGAAACGAGCACGGCUGUCUAGCGAUACCAGUUCCGAUCUGGGAAAGGAAAAUUCCGAUGACAAUAGAGACCUGUCCACCACUUCACUGUACCAGCACAUGACGGACAAACCGUUCGACCUAACCGAUUCAAGUAAAUUUUCAUUCACUAGAUCCGAAUUUGAUGACACAGAUUCUAGAUUUAGUUUUAGCAAUUCAAGUUCGUCACCAGUUCAAGCUGGAAACGGAAUCGACCGGGAUUUGAAUGAUCACGAGUUUCCUGACAACCUGCGUCAUACGGGCAGAUCACUGUUGCAACACGACAGCUCACUCGGAGUACAGGUUAUAUCGUCAUCCGGUGGGCACAUCAUCGCUGUGGCCAAUCCUGCACUGGCACUCAGUCCAGCACUGAGCGAAGCCAUCACCAUCAAACGUGAGGCGAUGUCACCGGAUUUAUAACGACGGCAUGGGGCCACACAAAGGAUCCUGCUACGAUCAACAGGCACGAUUGGUGUUUCUUCGGGACAUUACUAGGGUUUUUUCUUUGGCUUAAACAUUUGGUGAAGGAUUGGGAACUAGUCUAGAAACUUUCUAAAAGUUCAAAAUACAUUACGUACUAAACAUUUCUGGCAAAAUUUUGUAAAAUAAUUAUACAUUUCGGCAAUUGUGAAUAAUCACGCUAAAGUUUAUCAACGCAGAGACUGUUUCUUUUUGAUUUAUUUUAAUUUUUAGGUUCAAUUUUUUUCAGUUUUGUUUUCGAAAUAUAGUGCAAAAACACUUUGAAACAGCCAAUCGCUUAUUUGAAGACUGUCUUAUUUUUUUAGAUCGUUGUUGUUUCGCCUUAUUUCCUCAUUCUCAAUUGUAUAUAUAUAAUGCACGAAUUAACCAUCGAUACAUGCAUAACUGUGUAUAAUUUGUAGUUGUAAUACAGUUAAAUUAAUUCGAUACUUUAAUGCAAAAAUGCAAUGUCAUUCGUUCAUACAAUCUUCGUAUAGACACUGUGGAU